AGCCGAACUCAUCCUAAUUGGUUUGGAUCGAUGUGAUUUACUGGUCGUUGUCAACCACAUCUUACGAUUUCGUAGUUACGCAGCUCCAUGCCGACACAGUAUAUAUGGCUUCCAAUGCUAAGGUUGGGGAAAUUGUACUUGUAAUUGCUGUGUCCGUAUUUCUGUACUAUUUCUUUUGGGUAUCAAUUCUGCCGUUUAUGCUUAUUGACGAAGGCAAUCUAAUACAUUCGUUCUUUCCCCCAUUGGAAUACGCAUUCAUUUUACCAGCUAUAUUCGGUGUCAUAUUCUUGGGUGGCAUUGCUGUAUUCUCUUUGUAUCAUAUUUGGGAUUAUAUACGAACAAAAACGGUUUAA